UACUUCAAGGCCCCCAAUGAAAGUUGAACGCGGGUUUAGCACGUAGACUCAUUGACGUUGUAAAAAUGUUGUUAUUAUCACAAAGUUGUUCCACUUGUAUAUAAUGUAGCCAAAAUAUUCACGAUGCGUUGUGUAGUUCAGCUGCUGUUGUACUUGAUUUGUCCUUAAAACGCCGACGGGAGGGAAUUUUGCUGACAUUUAGCUUAGCAAGCUAGCCUUUAUUUACCUCUGUUUCUGAAGUAGUUGAUAAUUUGCAUUUUAAUCAAAUCUGUAUUACGAAAGAGUUCAUUACUUAAUAUUUUCCUCAUAUUACCAGACCUGGCCAGAAACAGGAGGAGAAGGAGAUCGGACUAAAGAAGAAGAGAUCGGAAACCCUGGCCAGGAUUAAAAACAGCUAAAAAGAGAAGUUUAAGAUGAGCUGACUCUGGUAUGACUAGUCCCAGAAAGCCAGAAAAGAUAAACAAAUAAAUAAAUCAACCAACCUCAAGAUCAUCAUUAAGUGAAAAAGAGUUCACCUGCAGCCAUGAUGAAGAGGAGUCUGGAUGCAUCAGAUGAGGCACCAAAGUGGAAGAAGGCCAAACGGGAGGAGGCCAGCUCUGAUGAAGAUGACGAAUCAUCACAGAGAACCACAAGCCAUGACUCCAGUCAGAGCGAGUCUCUCAGUGAUGCUGAAGAUCAGAGACCCAGUUUCUCCAAACCAUCAGCAUCUCAAAAUGCUUCGAGCAGUGAAGCUUCAGAGAGCGCCACCAAAUUCUCCAUGUACAACAGCGUCUCCCAGAAGCUCAUGGCCAAAAUGGGUUUUAAAGAAGGUGAGGGUUUGGGAAAGUUUGGUCAGGGCCGGAGAGAGAUCGUGGAGGCGUCUACGCAGCGUGGGAGGAGAGGUCUCGGCCUCACGCUGGAGGGAUUUGAGGGAGAUCUCAACGUCGAAUGGAAGGACGAACCUGAGCCUAGUGCUUUUGAAGAAGUGUCCUGGUUCCCAGAAUGUACUACAGAAAUGCCGGACUCUGACGAGCUGAGAGACUGGAUGACUAUAGGCGAGAGGAAACUGAAGAUUGAAGAUGAGACCGAGUUCUGUUCAGAGGAGCUACUGCACCUGCUGCUACGCUGCAAGAGUGUGUUUGAUACGCUAGAGGGUGAAGAAAUGAGGCGAGCUCGUACACGGUCCAACCCAUACGAAACGAUACGAGGAGCUUUCUUCCUCAACAGAGCUGCAAUGAAGAUGGCAAACAUGGACCAUGUGUUUGACUAUAUGUUUACCAAUCCAAAGGACUCCCAAGGGAAGCAGCUAUUUCGUGAUAGGGAGGGCGAGCUGCUUUAUUUCGCGGACGUGUGCGCCGGGCCUGGAGGAUUCUCAGAGUACGUUCUGUGGCGGAAACGUUGGCAUGCGAAAGGUUUCGGCAUGACUUUGAAAGGAGCCAAUGAUUUUAAACUGGAGGACUUCUACUCCGCCCCCAGCGAACUCUUCGAACCGUACUAUGGUGAAGGUGGGAUUGACGGUGAUGGCGACAUCACACGUCCUGAGAACAUUAGUGCGUUUCGCAACUUCGUCCUGGAGAGCACUGAGAAGCGAGGCGUCCACUUCCUCAUGGCUGACGGCGGUUUCUCAGUGGAGGGGCAGGAGAACUUGCAGGAGAUCCUGAGCAAGCAGCUUCUCCUCUGCCAGUUCCUCACUGCCUUAUCCGUCGUCCGAACAGGAGGCCACUUUGUGUGUAAGACGUUUGACCUGUUCACACCCUUCAGCGUGGGUCUGAUCUACCUGCUGUAUCUCUGCUUCGAGAGAGUAUCGCUUUUCAAACCGGUCACCAGCAGACCCGCCAACUCCGAGAGGUACGUGGUGUGUAAGAAUCUGAAGCCAGGCUCUGAUGCAGUCAGGGAUUACCUGUUCAAGGUGAACCUGAAGCUGAAUCACCUCAGGAACUCGGAGAGGGACGUCACAGACGUAGUGCCUCUGGAGAUCAUCAAAGGAGACACAGACUUCUUCCAGUACAUGGUGGACUCCAAUGAGCGUCAUUGUUCUGUGCAGAUCAAAGCGCUUUCUAAAAUCCAUGCCUAUGUGAGAGACACGACGCUGUCUGAGCCAAGACAAGCUGAUAUCCGCAAGGAGUGUUUCAGACUAUGGGGGAUUCCUGAUCAAGUCAGAGUAGCACCUUCUUCCUCAGACCCCAAAUCCAAGUUCUACGAACUCAUAAACGGAUCAGAUGUCGACAGCUUUAACUCACGGCCCACAGCCCUCAACCACAACACUCUGGACAAACUGCAGCAUGUAUUGGACCACCGGUGCAUCGUUGGAGGGGGAGAACAGAUUUUUCUUCUUGGGCUUGGGAAAUCACAGAUCUACACAUGGGAUGGCAAAUCCCCCGUGCGCUGGAGGAAGCUGGAGAGCUUUAAACUGGAGUUGCCCAGAGACACUCUGCUGAGUGUGGAGAUUGUACAGGAGCUGAAGGGAGAGGGUAAAGCCCAGCGUAGGAUCAACGCCGUUCAUGUCCUGGAUGCUCUGGUUCUCAACGGCACUGAUGUGAGAGACCAGCACUUCAACCAGAGGAUUCAAAUGGCUGAGAAGUUUGUGAAAGCUGUGUCUAAACCCAGUCGGCCCGACAUGAACCCUAUACGAGUAAAGGAGGUGUAUCGGUUGGAGGAGAUGGACAAGAUCUUCGUAAGAUUGGAGAUGAAGGUGACAAAGAGCUCAGGUGGAAUGCCGCGGCUGUCCUACACGGGCCGAGACGAUCGCCACUUCCUGCCCAGCGGUCUUUACAUCAUCAAAACGGUCAGAGACCCAUGGACGAUGGCAUUCAGUAAGAGCUCGAAGAUGAAAUUCUUUUACAAUAAACAGACAAAGCAGUCCACCUACGUCAUGGAUCCCAGUGCUAUAGCGCCUUUUCAGGUGUGUCAUCAGGAAAGAUUGUUUUGGGCCUGGGAGGAAGGGGUCAGAGUUCACGACUCCCAGAACCGUGUCGAUCCUCAGAAACUCUCCAAAGACUCCGUGCUGUCCUUUAUCCGGAAACACUGUCAUCAGUGGGAGAGCCGUGAUGGUGUGUGAAGCCUCCCCUCACCAGCAGAGGGAGCUGUAGUUUGCAGAAGAGGAAGUGUAGCUCGUAGUCACACGAUUUUCAUUCUGUGUGCAAAUGAAACCGCCGAGUUAAAGCUUAAUUUAUUUUACAGGCAGCAAGCAUUAUAUCUGUGAGGUAUUUACACGGAAUAUAGAUGGUCACAGUGCUUAGGCUUCAUAAAUUAGAUACACUAAUACACUGCUCAUUUCCCAGUAAUACAGUGCAUGGUGAUAGGACUCUACAUUUCCCUACAUUUCCUCUUCUGUGCACUCAUAAGGCACGACCUGUUGCCUUCCCUUCUUUCUUUGGUUUUGUCUGCUUGUAAAUGUUGUUUGAAUGAGGCAGACGAGUUUCAUUUUUAUCAGCUUCAUUCGAGCUUGUGAGUAACCUUGAUGAUAAUGUAAAAAAAAAAAAAAUCUUGAUUAAUUUCUUCCUCUAUUAAAUCACCUGGAUAUCAGUGUCCUUGACUUGGGUGACAGUCACAAGGACGCCAUUUUCUCAUGCGAGAUCGCCCUGUGUUUAUGCCAUUUUAGCUGUGUUUGUAUUCUCGGUACUGUAAGGGAGAUAUCUCGAACUAAACAGACUGACUCACUGCUGCUUUUUGGAUAGUUAAGGCUUUCUAAUUUCCUAAAGCACUACUGCUUGGAGCCCUCUGUGGAAGUCUAAUGUGCGGUUCCCCUAUUAAACCGUUUUAAAGGGUUCAAAGAAAUUAGCACCUGCCAUUGUGGGUGGAUAUUAGCACUUAGGUCAACGUGUGUGUGGCUCCAAGUACACUCUUAAAGGAAAAAAACAAAUCUAGGGAGUUUUUUUCCUCCCGAUUUUUUGAUUUAGACAACCCUUUCAAAGGUUCAUUGUGGAAUCCCACAACAAACAGUUUCCCUUUCUGAGAGGCUAGAAAACCUUAAAUAUCCAAAAAGCAGCAGUGUGUCGUCAUGUUUGGCUUGCUGUAAAUUCCUGGUAAACACAAUGGAGAACAUAAACACAACUAAAAUGACUGAAAAUUCUAUAAGAGUAUAUUUUGGAGCUAAGAGUGUAUUUGAAGUUACACAGUGUGACCCGAGUGCUAAUAGUAACCUACAGUGGCAGGUGAUAAAUAAAAAAAAGUUUUUCCUCUGGA